AUGUUAACCACUCACACACUCUCUGCUGCUGCUGGCCCGGCUAACGCUCGCUCCCCCCGGCACUGUGCCGAGGUCAGCUCCCACACCGAGCUUUGCUCGUGGCUCAUCGAGGAAAACCUGAACCUGAAGGACUCGUGUGGACCUCUCAUCCCGUCUGGCGGCUGGACGCCACAGGAACAGAAAGGAGAGAAGGAAGAAGAAGCCAAGGAUGACGAUGAGGAUUUGCUGACUGAAAGUGGCGAGACGGAGAAAGAGUUGGAGGAGGUGGAGGUGGAAGAGGAGGUCCAGGUUACAGUUCUGCAGCAGAGUCAGGAAAGAAGGGAUGAGGAGCAGGUGAUGAAAGAAGACGAGAGAAAAGAAGGGGAAGAGGAGGAAGAGAGACAAGGUGAACAGACGCACACAGAUAAGGAAGCUUAUUCACGUUUGAAUGCAAACUCUGAGGACUCUUAUUCUGAAAUUACAGAAAACAAACACUCUGAGGACUCUUAUACUGAAAAUACAGUAAACAAACACCCUGAGGACUCUUAUUGUGAAAACCACACACUCCAAACUCUCUCUGAGGAGCCUAACACACCAGCGAUGGAUCCAGACUCACUUUGCACUGAACCUGAGGACUCUGAAGAUAGACAGGAAGAGGAGGAUGAUGAGGAAGAGGAGGAGAAAGAAGGAGAAGAAGCAGAGGAUGAAGGAGGAACAACUGCAGAGCUUCAAACUAAAGGCCUCGGCAGCCUGGCUGCCGGUCCCAGUCCAACAGAACCGGACCAAUCAGCAGCCGCUCCACAGCCGGACCAAUCAGCAGCCGCUCCACAGCCGGACCAAUCAGCAGCCGCUCCACAGCCGGACCAAUCAGCUGCUGCCACAGUCCCAGUCCUGUCCUCCUUCUACAGAGUGCUGCUCACAUCUGGAGCGCUGUGUCUGCCUGGAACCAGAGACCGUGGUGGUCGAGCUCUGCUGACGGUCUUCACCGGGAACGCCGUGUGGGCCGACCCGGACUUUGACGCCGCCGCGCUGCUGCGCCUCCUGCUCUACUACUCCUCCACCCUCUGGAAGGAAGUGGCAGUGUCCGGGCUGACGGUGUUGGUGGAUGCCCGCAGAGCCUCUCCGGUCCCGGUGCUGUUCUCUGCCCUCCGGGCCCUGCAGGAAAACAAACCUGGCUCCAUCCACACCGUUUUAAUGCUGCUCAGCAAGGACUCUGUGUCUCUGCGGCCAGACAAACCUGCAGCCCCCCAGGUGGAGGUGUUGAGCUCUCUAAAGUCCGUUCAGAAACACGUGGAUGUGCAGCAGCUUCCUGCAGAGUUCGGAGGAUCUUUCAGAUUCAGUCAGAGCAGCUGGCUCUGUUUCAGAUCGAGAGUGGAGCAGCUGACCAAUCAGUGUGAAGACGUCAUCACGCUGCUGCAGAAAACCAUCCACAUCCUGCAGACCACACCUCUACCUGCUGCAGCUGAGGAUGCCGAGCGGCUGAUGUCCCGGUACGAGGCGGUGAUGCGUAGCGUCCUUGAAGACAGCCGAUUGGUGCAGCUGCAGCAGGAGGGCGGGCUUCGUUGUCACGGCUACGGCGAGAGGAGAGCAGCCUCAGCGGCGCGGCGGGCUACGCGGCGGCCGUGGCGACGGUUGCCGAGCGGUACGACUGCGUGGACGAGCUGCUGCACCGCCUGGUGACGCUGUCCAACCGGCGCACGCACACGCUGAGCUACAUCCUGGACCUCACAGGGCUGGAGGGAGGCUUCACACAGGUGCGAUCGUGGCUACAGGAAGUAGGAGAGGUUCGUCUGAAGAGUUUCGAGGAAGCAGAAGAUUCUCUGGAGCUGCUCAACAAGAAACUACAAGAGUUCAAGGAGUUCCACACUACAGCAUACGAGUACUGCCGGGCGUGGCGAGUCCUUGCUGGCGGUCUGGA